AUGCAACCCGAACGUGUCGAUAUGGCCUACGAUCUAGUGAACGGGCGUAUGCUCAACCUUCAAUCUCGACAACAUCGUGGCAAGGGUGGAAUCCAGGACUCUGACAUGAACAACACCCGGAACGGGGUGGCUGAACUAGCAGCCCGUUCAGAAAGCAAUACCUCUGAGGCCGGUUCAUCUAAAUCCCCGCCCCGACCUAGGACUACGCCGACCAAACUUCCUGUACUCAAAGUCUUCACGGAUAAGGAGCCUAGUGUGCGAAACGCUGUUGCCGCCCCAAUUAAACAAAAAGGACACGACGGCUCAUCCGAGCAUGGUUCGCCCAAGCCCUUGGAUCAGGAACGCGAGCGAUACUGGCGAAAGGUUAGGGAUAAGUUGGACAAAGACUUGUCAGCGUCGUGGCACAGAGAAAAGCCCAAGGUAACCGAGAAUCCAGCGUACAAAAAAAUCCUCUCGUUGGCCAAUGCACCGCGUCAAGAAAUAGCAAAGCAUAAGUGGAAGUAUUCCGGUGGCCCUUCGAGCGAGAAACAAUCUACGUCAAAGGCAGGUUAUGAAACGAAGCCGAAGCAUUCGACGCCUGAACGAGAGAAAUCCAAGGAGAGUACCUCGUCCCGUCGAGAUCGAUUUUCAGACGACAAGCCGCGGACUAAUAGUAACCGUUCGGCCAGCUCAAACGGGAGUGAAUUAUCCAGCCAAAGAUAUAAGUCGAGCAGUACUACCGACUCGACCUACAAUUCGAACUCUUCUGUGUCUCCCAUAUCUGGCCCGUCGUCGAUGAAAGAAUGGGAGGAUAGAUUCGUUGUCCACAUGCCGUCUGCAAGGGAGCCCAACCCUCCUACCAUGAAUGUGCGACAAAUUACUCAAUAUCAAAAAAGCAUCGAGAGAGUACAGACGGAUGGAGAGUCGAUGGUCGAUCCCGACACUCUCCCUAGCCCGCGCAACGGAACACCAGAGCAGCAUGUUAAGCUCCCCGACCCGAGCGGGAAGCGGCCAGGAACAUUGGACGGACAGGAUUCACGGCCACUCGCAUCGAAUACAGAGACAGAUGAUAAACCGACAUACAGCCCUAGUAAUCCCCGAUACUACUGCCCUGAUGAAGUCGGGAAGCAGAGAUGCAGCACAAUUUGGGAGGAGUCAUCAAUAGGCCCUAAAAAGAAGUCACAUCGCGCAAACGAAGACGGUUCUUUUUUAGGGUGCAAAGAAAUCAAUGGCCCGCACGAUCGGAACCCGGACGAAAUUCUGUAUUUUUCGACACCAGAACGCCCAAGAGUCGUGAAUAUAUCAACUUCCCGUAUGCCCAGGGUUCGCAGAGAAUCCAAACUGGCGCAAACCCACCAGCCGAAGAGAGAGCCCGGAGAGACGAGUCUUGUUCAAGAAGAAUGGGAACCAAUUUUUCAGAAUUUGAAGCAUGCCCAAUGCUCGAAGCCAACACCCAAGGUGCUGUGCCGAGAAGCACAAUGUCAGCAACUGAAGACAAGGAAUUCUACGAUCCAAGCACCGAAAGGCGAACAAGGUUCUACGGGGAUUCAGACCGACGCUUCAGAGAACCAGAAGCUGAUCCCCAGGCCGGACGAUGUAUUCAUUAUCACACCCACUAUAACACGUACUAUGGUGACUAUGGGGGAUUUAAGAGGCAGCAUACCCAAACACACCGGCGCUCGGGAGCCCACCUCACGAAGCGCAGGCGAAAUCAUCACCGACGCUCGAACAAGACCAUGGAUAAACACGAAAAUCUCGAUAAACAACACCAGCGGGGGUGUCUCCCCUUCAGGCCUACGUCGAGUGAGUCAAAAUUCAUUGGGAAAAUCAAGCGCGCCCUCUGCAAAACCUUUAGAUCCGGCAGCACCCACGAAUAUUCCCGUCGUCAAACAACGGGCAGACCCGCCGAUGGCCAUCGCCACAAUAAAAUCCGUCACCGGAGAAAAGCCACGAGGUAUACGUGGGUUCACCCGUACGCCAGGAAUCCGCAAGUCGUCCACCGAGUCCCGUAUCGAACCUCUACCAGAUAGCUCCUCAAAAUCCACCUCCCAAAGUACGUCGACCAGAGCAAGUCAUAUACCGCCGAAAAAGUCGACCUUAUCAUCAAACUUCCCAGAAGUGAAAGGCCCGGCACUUACCAGCACGAAAUCUCCCUCGCCUCCAACCCCCAAGAGCUCACCACAGUCCCGUGUUACAGCAAUGCAAGCGAAAAUUUUUGACGUCGCUGAACUAGACGGGCACCAACUGGAUGAUAAUCGAGAAGACAGUUCCGACGACAAAGUCAGGCACUUCGACCAAGACCAAAAUGGUAGCGAGACGCGGUCUGAUACCAAGAGAUUCAUGAGCUCUCAAACUUUUCACAUGGUCAUCGACAUGGUUUUCCUCUUCUUCGCUCAGGUGCAAGGGUUUUACCGUCAAAUCGAAGCGAAUCGCGGCUCGAAGGUGGUGUUAUUAAAGCUGUUCCUGAAUGGCAUUCUGGGAAUGCUCGAACAUUGUUUAUGCGUCUUUAGAAGGGGUCUGACCAUCAUAUCCGCGUACAACGCUACAGGGGUCUGGCCCAAGGCCGACGACAAGGACUCUGCCUGGUUAUUAGCUGACUUCGGCCAAGCGAUGGCGUAUCUCCUCAUUCUCGGAUUUGUUGCCAUGGUCAUCUCACGAGCUGUGGGGGUUGUGAUUCUCAUCGGAGCUUGGAUAAUGUGGUUUGUAAGGCCCUUUGCAUUAACCAUCCGUGCGAUUUCACGAAUACUGUUCCUACUAUAA